GCUCCAGAGAAGCAGCCACUCCUCCUUUUCCUCUUCCCCCCUCUCUCUCUUUUUGUCCUGUGGUCUGCCCUGUUCUUCUUGAGUUUAUAAUGUCUGUCAGAUACAAGAGAAAAGCUAAAACAAGGAGAGCCAUUGAAGAGACACUGCUCAAUGAAGAGGAGAGAGCAGCUUUAAGAACAAUAAGAGAAGAAGAUGAUGAUCAAAGCGAGUCUGUCCCCAGAUGCACUGUAGGCAGUGUCAUUACAAAACUAACCGGACUAUGUUGUAACGGGGCAGCCCUCAGUUUAGUGCUAAUGGUUGGGGUUAUCAUCAUUGGGAUAACACUCUUUGGACUCUCUCACUCAACACUUGCCAACAGCAACAACAACAACAACAGCAGCAGUAGUAGUAGCAAUACUCCAGUUGUAAUGAGACACGUAUCAUCAUUCAUACUGUAUGGAGGAUUGUUUGGAUUGCUAUCUGGUCUGUCCAACCUCUUUGUGAUUAUUUUGUUAUUUUAUAAAAUACCACUCCUGUACGGAUCAGGAGUAUUUAUUCGUAAACACCGACAGAUCAGUGAUGUCAUUAGAAAGGUGGUAAUGCAGAUGCUGUUUGACAGUGAGAGGCUGGAGAGAUACUUCAUAGAAAGGAUAAACCAAUACUCCAUUGAUACCAACAUUAGCCAGUCAAUAUCUACUGCAAUGAAAUCACCACAAGCUCAGACUAUCAUCAAUGAUCAUUUGAAUGAGCUCUACUCAGGCCCUGAGGCGUAUUACCUAGUGAAGUUAGGAAUAACAAGAGAUAAGGUUAGACCAAUGAUUGCUCCAGCUAUCCUAUCACUCUGUGCUGAAACUGGUCCUAGUGUAUGGGGAGAGUUUUUUAACAGGAACAAUAGCUCAGGUAGUGUGCCAGAGAUCAGGGAAGCAAUGGACAACUACCUGAGGUACAGGGUGAAAGAUAUAACUGGACAGAAUAUCUCAACAUACAUGAAGAAGAUAAUGUUCAGUCGACUAUCAGGACUCAUUGUGUUUGGAACCAUUGCUGGAUUCAUUGUUGGGUUGAUGGCACAAGCUUUGAGAUUUACAAUAAACCCUGAAUUUAUAAUUGAAAAUAUUAACAAUACACAUCUAUAAUUAUAUUGUACAUGUUUUUGAGUGUUUUUUUAUUAUUUUAAUCCGACCAA